UUUUGAAAUCUUUCAUUUGCUGUUCAGUCUUUAUUCAAUAGGUCGUUCCCGUCCUUUUUCACUUCGACCUAAAUCUUCUGGUUUAUCCCUUGCUGCGUAACACAGAUUUUCUGCUUCUAAUCAAAACCAGCACCAACAAAAGACAGCCAGGUACGUAGUUUCCUUGCACCGCCAGAGGAGGCAACGUAGUACCACCUUCUUUCUUCGAUAGUUUCCCCCACAAAAAAAAGGUUACGUCUUUUGCACCUCUUAUAUGACAUUUCGAUCCAAAAUGACAUUUCGAUCCAAAAUCGAACCUGGGUCCUUGCCUAGGGUCAUUCCUCCCACCAAUAAAAAAGAAUACUGUCAAAUGAGCAUAUCCGAGCUAGUUUCUGUACUGCGUAUUGCGUUUAAAAUUGAGGAUUUUGAUAAAAUUGAGGAAGAGUUGGUAAAGAGGGAAGCACAAUUUAGGGGGGAAAUUGAGCGACUCCAGGAGAAGAUUGAGUUGGAGAGGCUCCAAGCAAUUGAAUACGAAGAAAGACUUAGAGAGGAGCAAUGUGAAAGGGGGAAGAGAGCCCGGGAGAAUUAUGAGCAGUUGUUGAAAGAAGUGAAAACAAAUAGCUGGAUUGAAAAACAUACUAUUGAGGAGUUAAGGAGAAAGAACGUUGCUUUAGAACGUGAAGUGUGUGAGUUGAAGGAGUUCAAGAAAAUAAUGCUAGAUGAUGUCAACUCUGUGGAUGAACUAAGGGACAAGAUCCGUGUGUUGAAAGAGAGUACUCAUUGCUCUGUUGAUACUGGCAAUGCUCGGUCUCCCAAAAAAGGGAACAACGAGGACGCUGUAGGUGCAUUAGAACAAAAGAAAGAGCAGACAGAAGCAUGCAAAGAAGGGGUAAAAUUUAAAUUGGAAAAGGGGAUCGUGGACCUAGGUGAUGAUGAUAAUGAUGCUAGGCAUACAUCACAAGGAUUGCAUCAAAUUGCAGAAAAUGAACAUUUACAAAGGGUUGAAAUGAUGAAAAGACAACGAGCUUCUGAUAUUCAGGCUUCUACUUCCACGUUUACAUCCUCUGCUGAUUUAUUUGAAAAAGAAAAUCUCCCUGUAAAGAAAAUAGUGGUUGGCAUUGGUGGUGUGUGGUGCAGAUCGUUUGUCGUUCGUCUACCAGAAAUGACAAGAACACGUGGAGCAUCUUAUAGUUAUUGUGGAGAGAGUUCUCGAGGAGAGAGUUCUGCGCAAGGCGAAAGUAGGAGACAACCUACAGUAUCGGCUCGGAGGAAGCGUGCAACUCCUAUUCAAGAUGACCAUAUAGCCGAGGAUCGAGCGUUUGAGGAGCAAGCAUAUGAGGCCUAUGAGGGUCAUGUUCACGAGGAGACAUUUGAGGCCUCUGAGGACGAUGAGGAGGAGGAGGAGCAUGCAGACAUACAGGAGGAUGUCGGUGGAUUUCCUGGAGGUCCACGUGAUUCUGCAUUGUUGACACACUAUGUUCAGCAUGUUGCUUAUGCUAUUUCGCAGGGCCAGGAUCGAGGGGAUAUGCUCAAGUUGAUCUCGCAUGGUAAAAAAGUUAAUAAAUUAGGACCAUGCGCCGAGGGAAUUCAACACAUUGUGUUGAAUUCCUGUUUGAUGCCUCUCACACAGAUCUGUUACGAUUACGUUGAUAAGGGCUUGUUGCUCGAUUUCAUAGAGAGAUGGCACUUUGAGACGAGUAGUUUCCAUCUCCCUGUAGGGGAGAUGACGAUCACUCUUGACGAUGUCUCCACUUUACUUCACCUCCCGGUGCUGGGACAGUUAUGUGAUUUAGAGGAGUUGGAGUUUGAGGAGGCUCGUACAGCCCUCGUAGACCUGCUCGGCGUUGAUGGUGGCACAGCUGGUGCUGAGAUGGAGGAUGCACGUGGUACGAAAGUCAGACUCAGCUGGCUUAGAGACAUAUAUGUUCAGAGGUGUCAGUCGCAGCAUUGGGACUAUGCUGCCAGAGCAUAUCUGUUGCAUCUAGUAGGAUGCACAAUUUUUGCAAAUAAAAGUGCCAGUUCUAUACGCGUGUCUUACCUACUAUUAUUUAGAGACGUACACGCGUGUGGCAGAUAUGCCUGGGGGGUUGCUGCACUCGCCCAUUUGUACGAGCAGCUUGGGGAUGCGAGUCUGGCUUCCACGAAGCAAAUGGCUGGAUAUUUGACUCUUUUUCAGAGUUGGAUAUACGAGCACUUCCCUAGCAUGGGAAGGAGGCGGUUGGUGUCUUCUUAUGAUGACACCACACCACGUGCGACUAGGUGGCAGAGUCCUCGGCAGAGUUCGACUCUUGCAGAGAUUCGGUCGCAGUUGGAUUGCCUGACAUAUAGUGGAGUUGUAUGGUAUCCAUAUGAGGGACGUCGGGGCAUUCAUCCAUCAUUCGGAAUCUGUAUGUAUUCUGGAUGGAUUCGAAUUGGUGACACUCUUUUCCGUUAUUUGCCUGAGCGUGUGAUGAGGCAGUUUGGGUUUUACCAGGAGAUUCCACGACCACCCACUGUCGUUGCACAUACAGAUGUAGUCGCUGUUGAUAUUGCGUGGUUGCACUUCACUGAUCACGUUAUUAGGAAUGUGAGACGGGCAUCAUACCCUUCUGAAUGUGUCGAUGGAUACAUACAGUGGUUUAGGAGGGUUUCACAUCCCUAUAUUAUUGUUGCUCCAGCUGACGCAAGACCGCUUCUUGCACCUACACAGCGCCCCGAUGUUUCACAGGAGGGACGACCUCAUCGUAGAUCCUCUCCACCUUCACCACCUGACACCUUGGUUAGAUUUAAGCGAAUGGCGAAAAAGAUACAGUUGUUGAUAUCUUGUCGUCAUGUGGUCGAGGGUACUGUUGCACAUCAUGUGAUGAUGGAAAUGCUUCAGGAUGCUAAUGAUUGCAUUGACGAAUAUUCUCCGACUAGGAGAGGACAAAGACAUGUGCGCGGUAGACGCUCGACAUCUAAUUGAUAGGACAUGGAAGAGAUAACAUUGAGUUAGUGGUUCUGUGAUUUAAGGGAUUCUUAACUUUUAGUACUAUGUGUUUGUCUGAUUUUGGAGAACAGAUUUUUUUUUAAUAUGAUAUUUCACAUGUGCUUGAUCUUUUUGUGAAUACUUAUUAUUAGUACAGUCUGAUUUAGGCUCGUACACUCUUAUUCUUAUUCUUGGUGUUGAGUGGUGUUGUGUAGAGAGAGAGAGAAAGAGGGUGUGGUGGUGAUUCCAGAUGCUGUGGAAAUGGGGAAAAAAAGUGAGCAACAGCAUGUGCUGGAAGAAGGACAGAGUGAUGUGAGGUUGAGGCUCCACUCUGUUGGGUCCUUCUUCGACCAUUCAGUUUGAAGUGUCUGUUCCUUCUCCUUCUCAGUUUGUCCGCUUUGAUUUCUUCACUCUUUUGGGUUCUUCCCAGGCACACCGUUACUUAUAGUUUUCAUGCAAGAGAUGUAAUCAAGCAAAAUGCUGCUGUUCAGACAUCCUUCAGAUUGGAAAAACCAGUUUCACAGCUUAUUUCAUUUCUUGAAACGUUAGAAUAUGAUAUAUAUGUUAUUCACAUGUACUGACGUGGUGUUUGGUGUUCUCUCUUAUCCGAUGGAGAAUUUUGAUGACUUCAAGGAUGAAUUGAAGUUUGGGUUGCAUCUAAA